CGCUCCAUCAUGGUCAGAAUCUGGGGAACCGGCGCAUGGCAGUCUCUUCCUCGUCCAUAGUCCAUGCACCCUCGACCAACACCACCCCGCGAUUGCUGUCUGAGCGAUGACGACUGGCACGCUCACUGCAACGGAGUAGGAUAAGCCAGCCUUCUCACCUACGCUCGACCAUUCGGAAUCGCAUUGCCAACUUGAGUCACGCAAGACUUGGAUACCAACGCAACGAUUGAAGCACGACACUCCUGCUGCGCGGAAUCGUAACGACUCAGACGAAGGGCCUCGGACAGACCACCCCCUCAUAGACUACCGCACACAAUCACAAUCAAGAUGCCCACUCAAAGACCCUUCUUCGCCAACUUCCUCGCCGCCUUCCGCUCCAACACCUACCCCAAAGCCCAACCCUCCCUCGCCACAUCCGGCGCAGUCGCAGCCUCCACCCAAACAAUCUGGACCACAGCCUCGACCCCCGCACCAAAGACCUCCCAGUCCGAACAAUCCAGCACACCCGCCAAACCCAUCCUCCCCAAAUCCACCACUGCCUCUACCACAGCCGCCGUCGCAGCAGCAGCCAACACCCAACUCCACCCAACCCUCCAACAUCACGUCACGCCGCAAACACACCUCCCGCGCUCGCCUUCGUCACAAGCCCUACCCGUCUACGGCCCCCCGAACAAACCUCAACCUUCAUAUCCCACCGCAGCGGAGAGUCGACGAGCGCGACGGCGAGGCAGCGACAGUAGUUCUGAUUCCGGGGGGUUCCGCGAAGUCAAGGGUGGGAAUGAGAAGUGGUUUAUUGGGGGCCGCACGGCGGCGGGCGAGGAGCGGUAUUAUAAGUUGAGUAUGGUGAAGAGGGAGCGGAGUUCGGAUCGCAUUAGUGCGGAUCAGUUGAGUUUGUGAAGUAUGGCUUUGGGCAUGUUCAUUUUGGCAAGGCGUCUGGGCUUUUGGCGUUUGUACAGGAUUAUGUCGGUGUUCAAUCAACGGCCGGGAGGGGCCAAGGCGCUUCAAUGAGGCGGGCGGCUCGCAAUUCACAAUGUAACGAACCAACACAAUGGCAC